AUGUGCCAGAGAAUCACUCAGAAUGUUCACCUCUUUUCUGCUUCUGAUCUCUGCAGAUUCCUGGAGUCUCCCAUCAUGCUCGCCUCCAAGAUCUCCUGCUUGCUGGUGGUCUCUCUGACUUUUCUUCUGGGGACUCUGCUUGUCUUGCCAAGCCAAGGGCAAACCUGGGCAGCCUUCAAGAAUAAGCACAUUGACAGCAACAGUCAAUAUCCACCUCUCAACCCCAACUUAUAUUGUGAAAACCAGAUGCGGUUUCGGCACAUGACCAAUCCUCGUUGCAAACCCCAUAACACUUUUAUCAAUGCACCUGACUACUUAGUCCAACAAAUCUGCCAAAACAUCAGAAGCCCAACUCCCAUUACCAGCAGAUUUUCUUUCAAUUUGGUUGAUUGCAAUCAUACUGGUGGCUCUCCUCUUUAUCGCUGUAACUAUCGAGGAAUCCCGCAGACCAAACAUGUUCGUGUUACCUGUGACAACUAUGUUCCUGUUCACUUCGUUAGGAUUAUAUGA